UGGGAUGAAUGAAGGAAAAGUAUUUUUGAAAGCGAAAAGUUCAAUAUUUUGGUGUGAAAUACAUUUCGAGGUGGCAGCAGGAAAAAUCAAAUUUUCAAUUGGAAAACAGUGCAUAUUGCGAGUGAUUGCAAGUGCCAAACCAUGUUGAUGCUCUACUGAAAGUAAGCGCGUCAGCAGCGGAUGGCCAACGGUGCGCGCAACAGCGGAAGUGCAGUUUGAAACUGGAAGUGCCAGAGUUCGAAACGCAGAAGAAUUAACGGAGGUGGCGGAGGUAGAAAAGCAUUUGCAGAAAGUGUUUCUUUCGGAUCUCGUUGGCACUUACUCUUGCCUUUCGUCCGAUUCGGUGGUGCUGUUUGCCUAGCUGAGCGGCUUCUGUGCUCCCAGCUGAGCCACCGAAGAAAUCGCAUAGAAGAUAACCACGACUGCAUCAGUGAAGCAGACAGCAGAAGACAGGCAGAAAGUCGGGAAAAAGUAGGACAAGCUCAUUUUUGCUAAAUCGGAUCGGAUUCAAUUUUGACCAGUGUUGAGCGCUGCGCGUUAGAAUUUACUCGAAAUGACUUCUGUUCAAAGUCAGGAGGACUUGGAAGCACGCAUAGCUCGCAUAAAGAAACGCAAUGAAGAGAUCGAAAAGAAACAUCGGGAGGCGGAAGCCGACCGAUUGAUGGCCAUGAAGGAGAAUGCGAUGGUUGAGAUCAAACCACCAAAAGACGAGGACUGGCCGCGGGAACACAAAUACGAUAAGAUUGAUUUCACCUACGAUCUCGAUGAGGAGGCUCUUGCAGAACUCGAAGAGAAAAAGAAAGAGAAAAAUGCCUUUAUUCAGAAGAUUGCUAAGGACUACAAAGUUUUCGCCGAAGGAGAGGGCCCUCCACCUGACCCAGCUUACAGUUUCUUAGCAGAUGUGGAACGUGAUGGUGAAAAGGCACUACCGGCCCCGGUUGCAAAUGUAGGCGGUAAGACCAACAAGAACAACUUUGAGCGGAAGAAUCCCAACAAUCGAAGUGGUCGGCAGUCUGGCAACGGGGGCAACAUUUCCAACGGUAAUCGUGGUGGUGGCCGCGGAGGAGGCAAAGCCGCCUACAACGGUAAUUUGCAAAGGUCGUUGUCGACCAACGAACACGAUGGUCGACGUCCGCCGGAACAUAUUCGACAUGGAGCUGGGGCUGGUCACAAACCCGGUGGGGACACCAAAUGGCGACGAGAUUGGGAUCACGACAGAAGCAAAGACGAUUGUUGCAUCCACAGCAAUGCACAGAACAAUGGGUUCAAGGGGGAACCUAAUCUGACCGUCUCGGUAUCACAGGAUGGAGAGUUCAAGAGCGUUAAAGUAACGUCCCCUCCAAUAAUUGGAAGUGGUCGGGUUGGCCCACGCCAACCAGCGAAACCACAGUUUCAGUUCCAGACGUCCGGCAUGCACCCUGGAACGGAACAUCAUCAUCCGCACGGUCAUUUAGCCCAGCAUCAAGGCGGAAGCGGUAAGCAAACUCACCAUCGGAAUAACGAGAACUUCAAUCGCAAUUCUUCGGGUCGUAAGUCGGACAAAGACGUUAAACGUGGUCCCAAACCUGGUAACCAGGGGCAACCAGGACCAGCCGCGAGCAAUAAGCAGCCACAGACAGGAGGGAGCGUCCAGGAUCGGCUGAACCGCAAUCGGGUGGUGAAUAUCGACAGGAACGAUAACUCCAUCAAAGUUAGUACCAAUAACGGAAGCGAGAUUCCGCCUUCCCAAGCCCAAACGAAGACGAACGCUACGCUGAAGACGAUCUCGAAAAUUAUCGAAAAGAACGCAGAAAUUGAUGAAAAACUGGCCCGGCAAAUGCAUCAGGAGAACGAAAAAAUGGCCAACCGAGUCAAGGAGCUGCGAAUGCAGGAUGGUGCUUAGAGAAGAAUAUUGAAGCUGAAUAUUUGAGCUUUUUAAAACGAUGAAACGAGAGCUGCUUAUGGUAGAAACUGUUUAACCCCUAACAGUUGUAGCGCUGCGCACACUCAACCAUAAUUAUUCAACACUAACUAAGAUGCAGCAAACGAGAAACACGCCAGCUCCUUAGAUAUGUAUAUCUGCGACUUCAUUACUAUUGUCGUAAUACCGUAGAGAAGAAGACCGAGUUUCGAUUAUAGAGCAUCGCUAACUGAUGCACGUGCAUAGUUCGGCAGCUUUCGAGUUAUAUUUUCCUUCCCCCCAGAGAAGAUGAUACUGAGUGAUCACCCCGUGGAUUUCCGAUACCCUCCUAAACUAAAUUAUGUAGAGCGGCAUCAGCAGAGUUUAUCUCCACAUAGUUUUUCGGCGUGCAGGCCAACGCAAGAACCAGUUUUAUUAGGAUGCUGUCCCUAUUUAUUAUUUAUAUACUUACACUUUAUACUUUCGAAUUUUAAAAUCAUAAUGAAACAAAGUUUUGCAUAUUUAAAUUAUUUAAUUAGAUAGUAAUCAUCGUAUGCAUGUUAUCGCAAAAUUACGUUUUACAUUAUUUUUACACCCAUACGUUGUAAACGGAUUGGAAGCAUUUAGAGACGCAACAUUCAUUCAACAUUGUUGAGGCAGGCUCGAAAAUUGUUUCUCAUGAACUACUUUCAUUUUACGAUUAUAUAUUUUAUACAAUUAGCAUAACGCAUUCAUGAAUGUUAAUGAAAUAUAUUGGAAGUAACAUUUGAUGAUAAAAA